AUGUCCAGCAAGAGACGCAAUACCUCGUCUCCAGAAUGUGAAACGCCAGUCAAGAGGCGGAACAUCCUGCCUCCCAUGGAAACUGCCAUGGACAGAAGUCCUAGUGAGUCGUCCGUGCUCGAACCUGACUUCGAUACGAACGAGCGACCACAAUUAGACGUAUACACUGGUCAGACGGGAGCGUUUCCUGGUCUCGAUGUCAGCAAUGGCGAACCCUUCUACGGACCUGCGAACGAUGGUAUAGACUAUUUACGAAUGGUUCGAUCCGAAGCCAGUGGUAUUCCUCAUCUUCUCACUGCGCAGGCCGAGAAAGACACUUACAUAGACGAUGACAACAACGGGGAUGAAGAUGGUGGGUACUGGGACGGUGAUGGCACAUACACGGCAAUGGCUGCGGUAGAUACACAGAGCACAGACAAUGCAAUGCCUAAAGCACAAAUAGAAUGUUACCAAUCUCUGCUUGCGCAGUUCGCUUUGGUUCGAGCUACCUUAAAUUGUGUCCCCCCUCUCGAAGCUGUUGAGAAGCUCACCUCGUCACAGCCAAUCUCUUUUCCUCCAGAUAACAAGAACGCUCGAAGGACGUGGCUACAUUGCUUGAAGGUUCUCGAUCCCAAUCCGGUACAAGUCGCUUGCAUAGACGAGGAUAGUGUACUGCAGCUGAUAAGAUUCCUUACAACAAAAUUGCAGGGACUUUUGCAGGUCAACAAUACUGUUUCUUUGAAGAGAACCAACGCGUGGAUUUGGGCUGUGUUGGGAAGAUGUCCAGAUCGAGGCCGGCUUGGAAGUGAGGAGAUUUCUGAUCUACGGCAGCUUGCGCAAAAGGUUACAGACAUGAGAAGUUUACUUGAGAGGAGAAGCCAACAGAAGUCAGAAGAGACUGUGGUCGAGGACGAUGAGAGUGAACAUUAUGACGAAGAUCAGGCAAGUGAAGAUGAAGCCACAAUUCUGGCCGACAUCGAGACCGCGAGAAAACGGCUAGUGGGCGAUCCAGAUGGGACAGAAGGCAAGCACCCGUCAAUUGUAAAUGGUGAGAAGGUAGUAGCCGACCAACACCGUGAGGUUAAGACUGCAAUUGAGGAGACGCUAAUAGCUUUUGACAUGGUUCUCACUGUGGUAGGUGAGUUGUAUGGUCAACGGGAUCUACUAGAGCGACGGAGAGCAUGGGCAGAGUAA